AUGUCGCGAUUAGGAGCCUCGCUGACGAACCUGAGGGCUGCCUUACCUCCCUUAUCCCAAGCUGGGCCAUCGUCCCGUCCAUUCUCUUCCACCCCUACCAUUCUCGCUCCUGGAAGCAGGAAGCAAGGUCGCAGAUCCUAUCGCAAGGGUCCAGCCGCUGAGAAGCCUAUCGUGCUUCGCAAACGAAUUUUCCAUGAGGAGAAGAACAGAACCUCGAAGAACAAAGAUAUCAGAGACUGGUAUCCGGAUCAUGUUCUGGGCCAUGUCUUUUCUCAACCAUUCGGUGGACCUAAGAAAUACCAUGGUAAAGAGCCUCCUCUCUCCGGAUCAUUGUGGGACGGUUGUCGUCUAGCCAAGACUUUGAUUCAUCCUAGACAAGUCUGGAGUUGGCCGGUACCUAAAUAUGAGCUGGGUGAAACGCCUCAACAAUUGAUCCCUGGUUUAUCGGCACAGGACAAAGAUAUCUUAUUUGGAGCCGUCCCAUAUACGUCGACGGCUAUCCAGUACGAUCCUGGUUUGCCUCAAGAAAUUCGAGACGCAAAAGCGACGAAAGUCGCGGAAGAUCAGGAGAAACAGGAGGAAAUGGUCUACAGGAUAUUGGAUCUUCGAAAUGCCAGUCGAAGUCAGAUUCAAGCAUUCAAUCGGAGGCGUAUUAUUGAGGAAUUUGGACAAGGAUACAACUCGGGAGACUCCAUCUGUCAAAGUGCACUCUUGACGAUGGAGAUUCGAAGUUUGAACGAACACUGCUUGGUUCAAAUUCAUGAUGUUCAAAACCGGGAACGCCUGAAGCGACUGGUCUACGAACGUGCGAAACAUCUCAAGUACCUCAAGCGCAAGUACCCUGCAAAGUACGAUCAGGCAUUGUUGGAUUUGGGUUUAGAUCCCCGGACCGUGGAGGGGGAAUUGAUCCUGAGGACCUGA